UAAUCUGUGGUCGACACUCGACAUCCAGCUUUCGCUUUGACGCUAUAGUGAUUUUUGUGAAUAACAUAAUAAAUGAAAUCGUUUAAUUGCUAAUAUAUCUACAUGUGACAACAAAAUAACCUCAUAAAAAUGGGGGAAAAAAAUACUCCUCUGUUAGCUGUAUUACAGCUUCUUAGAAAAUAUAAUUUGAAGGGUACUGAAGAUAUACUAAGGAAAGAAGCUAGCCUAGGCGAUGUUGAGUUUGAAAACUUGGACCUUCCAGAAGUUGAGCUAGCCAGUAUUCUUACAUCGCAUCACACUGAAAGUGAUCCUUACAGUUACGAAUUUGCGUACGAUAACUUGAAGAAAUUUAUUGAAAACUCCUUAGAUAUUUAUAAGUAUGAACUUUCAACACUAUUAUAUCCUGUGUUUGUUCAUAUGUAUCUGGCAUUGGUAUUAUAUGACCAUAAUGAACAUGCAGUUAAUUUUUUGGACAAAUUUGGGCCUGAACAAGAAGAUUACUAUCAGGAAGAUCUACAACGUCUGUCCAUUGUAAAACAUAAAGACCAAAUUAAAGGAAAUGAAUUAGCUGAAAUAUACAGCACUAACAAGUUUGUGGUGCAAUUGUCAAGAGAUGCAUCAUCUCAGCUCAAACGCUUUCUGCAAGAGCAGAAAAGCUCAACAGUUAUCAUUAACAUAAUAAACAACCACAUCCAAGUUGAUGUGCAUGAUGGACCGGGGAGAACACAGGCACAAGUGCGCUCCACAACUGGUGGGCUGCUUGGAGAAGCUACUAGAAAUGAAAAUCGCACAAAAGUUUAUUAUGGGCUUUUAAAAGAGCCAGAUAUUCACGUACUUCCUCCACCUGUGGAAGAUGAGGAAGAAGUGGAAGAGACACCUGAUAAGCCAAAAAAGAAAAAGGCAAAAAAAGAGCAUAUAUUUAUAAAGAAGCCUAAAUCAGAUCCCAAUGCUCCUCCAAAUGACAGGAUUCCUUUGCCUGAACUAAAAGAAACUGAUAAGUUAGAGAAAGGCAAAGCCUUGCGGGAAGCUUCUAAGCGCAUCCAACUGGGACCAGAUAGCUUACCAUCGAUUUGUUUCUACACAUUGCUGAACAGUGGUCAUACUGCCAUUUGUACAGAUAUUUGUGAUGACUCUACACUUCUGGCCGUUGGCUUCAGUAACUCGAGUAUCAAGGUGUGGACAUUGACCCCAGUAAAAUUACGUGGCAUGAAAUCAGCAGAAAAGUUGCAGGAUAUUGACAGAGAGGCAGGUGAUGUUCUUGUCAGAAUGAUGGAAGAGAGGGACAGAGACUCUUGUCGCACUCUCUUUGGACACUCUGGACCUGUAUACAAAGUAGCAUUUGAUCCAUUUAAAACAAUGCUAUUAUCUUGUUCUGAAGACUCCACUGUAAGACUGUGGUCUCUCCAAUGCUGGACGUGUCUGGUAGUGUACCGCGGCCACGUGUGGCCCGUGUGGGACGUGCGUUGGUCUCCUCAUGGCCACUACUUUGUGACUUCUGGGAACGACCGCACUACUAGAUUGUGGGCCACUGAUCAUCAUCAACCACUUCGAAUGUUCGCAGGACAUCUAUCGGAUGUUGAUUGUGUCCAGUUUCAUCCAAAUUCUAACUAUGUUGCUACUGGGUCAAGUGACAGAACAGUACGGUUAUGGGAUUGCUUGACGGGAACACAGGUUCGAAUCAUGACAGGACAUAAGUCUACUAUAUUUACACUUGCGUUUUCGGUAUGUGGGAGAUGGCUGGCGUCAGGAGGUAAUGGAGAGCUCAUAGUGUGGGAUAUUUCGAUUGGAGCCCCAGCUGCUAUACUGCCGCAGCUGCAUACUGCUCCAAUCCAUGCAUUAGCGUUCAGUCGCGAUGGCACUAUUUUGUCUUCAGGAUCCUUGGAUUGCAGCAUAAAAUUAUGGGAUUUCAAUGCCAUAACAGAAGAAGCCAAUGGCGAGGAGGCAGGUACUAACAACACCGCACAAAAAGAGGAUAAGUUCUUACUGCGGUCGUUUGCAACAAAAAAUUCGCCAAUAAAAGGUUUACAUUUUACAAGACGUAAUCUUCUGCUUGCUGUUGGUUCUUAUGAAGGGAGUUCUUGAAUUUCAUUACUACAUUGUUUUUAUAUAAAUUAUCUUAUAAAUCAAUAAAGAUUAAUAUCAGAUUA